CCAGCUCUUUCGAGAUUCCUCUGAUAGAUUCACCACCUGUGCCGAGCCAGCUCCAAAGAAUUCUGCCAUGUCUCAAAGCUUGUUUGACCCGUUAUCUGCCACUGCGAGCGAUCUCCAACAACUCUUGAAGGAAGGGACAGUCACUAGCGUACAAAUUGUCGAAGAAUAUCGAAAGCACAUCGAGAAGUACAACGAAAAGAUACGCGCAAUUGUCUUUAUUCCGCCGAACUUGUCCGAGAUUGCACAAACUCUUGACGAUGAAAGGAAGAGUGGCAAGCUUCGGGGCCCUUUGCAUGGAAUACCUAUCAUCGUGAAGGAUGCCUUCAAUACCAAAAGUUCCUUGGGAAUGCCAACUACAGUUGGAUCGUUCGCUCUGACGAACACAAAAAUAUCGAAGAAUGCAGCUAUCAUCGAUGGGCUACUUGAGCAAGGUCUCAUCGUCCUUGGCAAAGCCAAUCUAACUGAAUUCUGCGGUUUCAAAGGCACUGGUGGAUGGUCAGCGGUUGGAGGCAUGUGUCAGUCACCGUACAUUCCAGGAGGCUUCAAACCUGGUGAGAAGAGACGAGGCGAAACGGCCCCCGGAGGCUCUUCCACUGGAUCUGCAAUGGGAGUCGCAGCUGGAUUUAGUCCGAUCUCACUAGGCACUGAGACCUCUGGUUCUUUGACUUCGCCCGCCAGUCGAGCAGCGCUUUAUGCCCUCAAGCUGACACCAGGCGCAGUCAGCAUGGAAGGUGUAUGGCAAGUAGCUGCCUCCUUCGAUACGGCAGGUGGGAUGGCCAAGUCACCCUUAGAUCUUGCGGUACUCAGCGACAUCUUGCUGCAGCAGACAAACCCCGAUAGACCUUCUCUCGUGGAAGCGAUACAGAAUGGCUCGGACGGAAUCUCCGUAGGAUUCGUUGACAUUGAACUCUGGCGGCUUCCGCCAGAGGCGCGAGGAGACGUUCCAGGAUACAACGAGCAAAGUGCAAACGACUACAAGAGGGUCAUCGACUUAGUACGGGAUUCUGGGGCGCGUGUAGUACACCCAGUCUUUAUCACUCCACCGGAAGAUUGGUUGGUUGAAGGAGGAACCAACGUCGACGAUCUCAUGGAUGAUAUCAUGCGCAGUCAAGCUCGUGCCGGAUGCGAGUACUACCUCAGCACUCUGGAGGAUUGCAACAUGAAGACAAUGAGCGACAUCAUCGAGUUCAACAAAGCCAACGCCGAGAAAGAGUUUGACGAUGUUUUUUGCCCCAACCAGAAUGGCUUGCUGAAAGCGCAAGAGAUGUCAAUGAGUGCAGAGGAGACGCAGAAAAAUCUCAAUAUCUGUAAAGAUUGGGCUGCUACGGAGGGAGUGGACAAGGUGAUCAACCAGCAUAAGGUCGAUGUUAUUGUGGCUCCAGCCGAUAGCUUUUUUGCUGGAGUUGGCGUCGGUGCAAGAUACCCUCUCGCAUCCAUUCCUUUCAGCUAUGUCGAAAGUAGUGGGCGCCCGUACGGAUUACAUGUCAUUGCAAGAGCAAAUGAAGAAGACAAGAUCAUCAGAUUCAUGAGCUUGUGGGAGAACGUUAUUGGGCCAAGAAGGCUACCAGAUUUGGAUGCGAUUUAGCACGACUCGUCUCACUGCAGCUCCAGCAACUAGGAUAGCUAGAGAGGUCUUGGAAACUUUUUGUAUUCAUACUGUGGGAUCGUGCAAUAAAUCUAGCUCCUACUUUGCGCAGCCUUACCUAGUCUGCCAGGGAGUGUAUAUGUGG